AACGGCAAUGUAAAGAGAGUGAACUCACCAUGUCUCGCUAAUUCGACGUAGCUGCUAUUUUUAGCGUGUACAGUCGUCGCUGGGUUUACAUGGUCUAGAGUUCAGACGGAAAUAAAAACUUAACAAAAGUUUUGUCUCGGAUCCUUGUUCGAGCACACAGACAAAAUGGACUAUGGAAGUCGAAGACGCCAGCAGGGCCAGGGCAUGCUUAUUGCUGGUAUCGUUAUGGUGGUCGUAUCGAUCAUACUGACCAGUGUCCUGUGGUGGGUAUAUUUCGUCGGCCUCGGUCUGUUUAUCGGUGGCAUUACUCUGAUAAUAAUAGGAUCGGUGAUGUUAUGCAAUAAUAGACCCAAUUCUCGAGUGACGGUUAUCCAGACACAGCAACCUGGUGGUGGACCGACGGUCGUGUCGAGCACUACACAAAAUAUGUCGCAGAUGAACGCCUAUGGGCCUCCACCCCAGACGUAUGGUGGGCCUCCACCACCAACAGGAGGAUGGCAAAACGAUCCCGCUUACCCACCUGGUUCGACAGCUGGUCCACCGCCCCCUGUAUAUGGUGAAUAUGGUAUGGCGCCGCCGCCACAGGCAGACUAUAUAGCGCCCCCACCAGACCAAGCACAGCAACAACCACCGGUGUUCGCAUCUCCUUCUAGGUCUCAUGCCACUAAUUAACCAAUGGCUGCUCGUAGCCCUCAAUUUAAAUGCCCAGCAAGAACCAAUGAAAUUUUUUAAAUAUUAUUUUUCUCAGGUGCUCCCUGUUUGAGGGCGUAAUCACCUGGGUCAGAGGUGAGACCAACAUGUGGUCUUUUGUUUACUACUUAGCGGCUGUGUACCUGUGGGUUUAUUCUGUGUGUUAAUGGAUGUUCUAAUCUUGGUGUUUUUCCAGUGAUUUCUCUUGGUGCAAUCCAAAUACAGUAGGUGUGUCUUGUUUACCUGAGAUUUGCAAGAGUUUGAGCUGGCCAACAUGUUAGUUUUUUUCAUAUGGUUGAUUACUGGCAUGUUGAUUUCCCAUUUUUGAGCCAUAUUUUCAACUUUCUUCGUCAUUUUCAUAUAGCAAUCUCGUCAUAUGUUAACAUUGUCGUCUAUGGAAAUUCAAUUAGUGGUAUGAGCCCUGAAGUAACAGUUUGCCUAGGACCACCUGAGGUUGUUGUUUUAACCAUAAUUAUGGCUCUAUUCACUGGAAUUUAGUCAUUUUUGGCAGAUCUCAUC